AAGAGACUGAGCAGUGAGGACGCACAAUAUGAAGUGCAAAAGAAUGCGGAGACUUCAGCAGCCGAGAGAAUACAGGGAGAACAGCCUGGACUAGAUAAAGAAACCGUACUACAUAUCUAUUGUGAGACAGUGAAAGGAAUGGUGGAAAGGGGUGGCUAUAUUUCCCAAAGCUACCUGUCAUAUGUAGCAACCAGUUUUCAAGAGGUGCCUAUCUUAUCAAAGAGAAGCUGGCUGACAUAUGGGAAAUUCAGGAAGGAGUUAAAUCUCAAAAGACUCUUGGAAUCUUGAAUAUGGUGGCUGUAAUGUACGUUUGGACUCUGGGGCUCCUUCUAUAUCCAGGGUCAUACGGAAACAAGGAGACUGAACAUCAGACAGACAUUUGUAAGCACACCUUAUCCUGCUCGGAGUGCAUCCAGUCCCACCCCAGCUGUGUAUGGUGCUCAGCUAAGAAUUUCACACAAGGAGGUGAGUCAGAAGGGUCUCGAUGUUCCACACGUCUAGAGCUCAUCCAACGAGGAUGUGAUGAAGAACACUUGAUAGACCCCAAAGGACUUGUUCAGUUUCUUAAAGAUGCACCCUUAAGUGAAAGUGCUGAUGAAGACACGGUCACACAACUAGCUCCACAGAAGGUCUACCUAAAGCUGCGCCCUGGACAGAAAAGGACAUUUGCAGUGCGUUUCAAACGUGCAGAGGGCUAUCCUAUUGAUCUCUAUUACCUGAUGGACUUGUCAUACUCCAUGAAGGAUGAUCUGGAGAAUGUGAAAAAAUUAGGAAGUGACAUUCAGCAAGUGCUACACAAGGUCACCAAGUCUGUACGCAUUGGUUUCGGCUCAUUUGUGGAUAAGACAGUUUUACCCUACGUGAACACAGUGAAAUGGCACAUACAGAAUCCUUGUCCUUCCCGAACAGAACGCUGCCAGCCACCCUUCAGCUACCGACAUGUCUUGUCUUUAACUUCAAACCUCACCUUAUUCCAGCAACGAGUCAGUGCAGAGAAUAUCUCAGGCAACCUGGACACACCUGAGGGAGGGCUGGACGCAAUACUACAGGCAGCUGUGUGCACAGAUCACAUUGGCUGGAGAAAUGUGACGCGCCUGUUGGUGUUUGCAUCUGAUGAUGUCUUCCACAUGGCGGGGGAUGGCAAAUUAGGUGGUAUCUACAUGCCUACAGAUGGGCGCUGCCACCUAAAUGAGAAUGGAGAGUAUUACCAAAGUAAUAUGUUUGAUUACCCAUCCGUGGGCCAUCUCUCCCAGAUCCUUACAGCAGCCAAUAUCCAGCCUAUAUUUGCUGUUACAAGUAACGUCCUCCCUACAUAUCAGGGACUAAGUGAGCUGAUUCCUAAAUCUGCAGUGGGUGAACUAAAGGAAGAUUCCAGCAAUGUGGUUAAUCUGAUCUCUCAAGCCUACAAUAAUUUAUCAUCCACAGUGAACUUGCAACAUGUGAAUUUACCAAAAGGAAUCCAAAUCUCUUAUGACUCCCAUUGUCCUGACUCCACCACGGAGGGUCAGCCACAUGGUCUAUGCUCAGGGGUCAAAAUAAACCAAACGGUAGAGUUUAAUGUCACAUUAUGGAUGGAUGAGAAUACUUGUCAGGAUGGUUUGCAGCGUUUCAAGCUCAGGGUGCUGGGAUUCAAUGAAGAGAUAAAUGUGGAUGUUGAGCCUGUAUGUAAUUGUGACUGCAAGGAUCAGGAAGUCUUCUCCAGUUAUUGCUCUCGGCAAUAUGGAAACUUCAGCUGUGGCAUCUGCAGCUGCAUGGAUGGAUAUAAAGGAAAACAUUGCGAAUGCCACCAAGAAAAACAUGAUUCCAAUGAUGGCUGUAUCAUAAACGGAUCGCUGACAUGUAACGGACGGGGAAAGUGUGAAUGUGGGCGCUGUGCCUGCAAUAAAAAUGUGCGGGGACCGUUCUGUGAAUGUGAUGACGCUAGCUGUGAAAGAUAUGAAGGACAGCUAUGUGGAGGUAUCAACAGGGGAGUCUGCAAUUGUGGUGCCUGCAAAUGUAAUUCCAACUAUACCGGCAGUGCUUGUGGCUGUAGCCUGGAUACCAGCGCCUGUUCAACACCUAAUGGAAUAUGUAGUGGUCAUGGAAAGUGUGAAUGUAACAAAUGUGUCUGUGACAAAGGGUACUUCAACAAGCUGUGCAGUGACUGCCCUGGAUGCCAGACACCAUGUCAGGAGUACAGUGCAUGUGCAGAGUGUAAGGCAUUUGCAACAGGACCGCUGAGGAAUAACUGCACCCUAUACUGUGCACGUGUCAAUGUCACUAUGCUAAAAGCUUCGGAGUGGAGUGGGAAAGAUAAGGAUGGCUGGUGCCAAGAGAAAGGGGAAGACUCCCUUAUAACAUUCCGUGUCACAGAGGAUGGAGAUUUAGUUCAUAUUCUUGUAAAGGAAAAGCAAGAGAUCCAAGAUAACAUACAGCAGCUCAUUCUUGGCUUGGUUCUGGGUAUAGUGCUCCUUGGGUUAACCAUCAUUAUUUUGUAUCGCAUCACUGUGGAGGUAUAUGACCGAAAGGAGUACCAUCGCUUCAUGAAAGCCCGAAGUCAAGAACAGUGGAAUGAUGCCCAAAACCCACUUUACAAGUGUGCUACAACUACUGUGGUAAACCCAAAUUUCACCCAAGAAUAAAUGGCCUUUCCUCACCUGGAUAGUAGAGGAAAACUCUAUUAGGAGAUGCAAACAAAUUCAAAAGAGUUUAUGAAGUCAGGAGAGUAACAAGGGUUUCAGAGAAGUCAUCUCCUAGACUGUGCUGAAUCCAAGAACUAAAGUGAUCAUAAAAAAAAACAUAGCAACAUCAGCUGGAGACAGGAUGAUGAACCACUUUCAAAUAGAUUUUAAAUGGGAUUUCUCUUUAUUAUUAGAAGAGGCAUCCGCUGUGCGUCUCACUCAAUGGGCCGUGUGCAAAUAGAAAGU